AUGUCACCGGAGGAAAUCCCUAAACUCUCCUUAUUGGCCCUUGUGCCCAUUCUACUUGUCAUCGGGCUGUACUAUGUGCUUACCUGGACUCCAAAAUCGGACCUCCCGUUCAUCAAUGCGCGAAGGACAUGGGAGAUUGGUACAUCCUGCGCACAGCGGCGAUACAUGACGAAUGCUGCUGCUCUGAUCAAGAGCGGCUUGGAUCAGGGCGGCCUGUUCCGUAUCAUUACCGACGUCGGAGUCAGAACAAUGCUCUCUCCCAAAUAUGCAAAUGAAAUUCGCAGCAACCCUGAUCUCAGUUUGACCGACAACCUGACAACAGAGCUGCAUGUAAACCUUCCGGGAUUCGAGCCAUUCCGAGUUACAGCCAGAGAGAAUCUCAUCCAGGAUACAGUCCGGACAAAGAUCACACAGAACUUGGCUAGCGCGAUGGACCCUCUUUCCCGAGAAGCUACCUACGUUCUUCAAACCCAGUGGACAGAUGCGACGGAAUGGCACGACAUGCAGCUGAAGCCGGCGAUCUUGAAAAUGGUUGCUCAGCUCUCUUCUCGAAUUUUUCUUGGUGACAGACUCUGCCGCGAUCCAAAAUGGCUGGACAUUUCAAUCAAUUAUACCGUCAAUGCAUUCACAGCAGCACAAGAGCUUCGCCUUCUGCCCGAAUUCUUGCGUCCUUUCGCUGUCCGAUACCUGCCAACCAGUCGGAAGACUCAAAGGCAACUCAAGGAAGCACGGAAGCUUAUCGCUGUUGUUCUGAAAGAGAGACGUGCUGCUCAGCGUGUAGGCGAUAAUCCUGAAUAUAUUGACGCUAUCCAGUGGCUUGAGGACACCGCCAAGGGUCGCAAGUAUGACCCAGCUGCUGCACAGCUUGCUCUCUCCGCUGCCGCUAUCCACACUACAACGGAUUUGUUCACUCAGACACUUCUCGACAUCUGUGGUCGCGAUGAUCUCAUUCGUGAUCUCCGUGAAGAAAUAAUUACUGUUGUUAAGGCGGAAGGAUGGAAAAAGACAACUCUUUAUAAACUCAAGUUGAUGGACAGUGUCAUCAAGGAAUGUCAACGUUUGAAGCCCAUGGCUAUUGCGAUCAUGGCGCGAGUUGCCCGGCGGGACGUCGUCUUACAUGACGGAAAGGUCAUUCCUAAGGGAGACCGAAUCCUCGUUUCAUGCGACCGGAUGUGGAAUGAGGACAUAUACCCUGAUCCCUUGACUUUCGAUCCAUAUCGUUUUGCAAGGAUGCGUAACAUCGAGGAUCCCAAGAACGAAGCCGCUGCCCAGCUUGUUUCGCCAUCUCCGGAUCACAUGGGCUUUGGGUUCGGGCAACACGCCUGCCCCGGCCGGUUCUUUGUGGCGAAUGAGAUUAAGAUUGCGCUAUGCCAUAUUCUCCUAAAAUAUGACAUCAAGUUGGCGGCGGGAUGUGAGCCUAAGGUCAGGAAAUUCGGAAUGAGACUGGCUGCCGAUCCCACCGCCAGUGUUUCUAUUAGACGCCGUAGAGAGGAGAUCACACUGUGA